GUACUGCCACAAACACAGUUUCUAUCUUGUUCUGGUGGUUUUUUGCGUCUUCGCGCCUUUGCGUAUAUCAGCUAUACUUCGCGCCUUCGCACCUUCGCUCGUUUGCCUUUUCCUCUGCAAAAUGUGCAAAACGCCGAGGUCCGCGCUACAACCAUCUUGCCUGACCGGCGAGCGCUCGGAGAGCUCGGGGACGACCUAGAGCUCGCGGCAGGUGAUAGUACACGGCAAUAGAAGUUAGGGUUAUUAUAAUGAAGUUCACCGCGGCGCUCUUCGUGGCGCUCGUGAUGGCCGCGGCGUCGGCCACCAAGCCUCCGCUCCGGUCGCCUCGGUCAGAGGCGGGCCCCCCCCAGCAGCGUCGGCGCUCAGCCGGACAGGCCGCGCUGCCGCAGGUCGGCGGCCGUGCGAAGGGCGGUACGAAGGCAAUGGCCAAGGGCGGCAAGGACGAGAACGGCAAGUCCAUCACCGCCAAGAACAUGGGUGCGAAGGCAAUGGCCAAGGGCGGCAAGGACGAGAACGGCAAGUCCACCGUCGCCAAGAACAUGGGUGCGAAGGCGCGUGGGGCACGGGGCCACAUUUCAUGGCAACCGCUAUUCCUACUCGUGGAUGCCUGGUUGGAGGAGAACUGCGGGCAAGGGCGCCGCCCUCAAGGGAUAUGGGAGAAGGUGCUGGCGCACUUGCGGCAACUGCCUGAUGGCGCCCACCUCCCGCCCUCCAUCACCGGCGCCAUUCUGAAGAAUCGCUACAACACCAACAAGUGGAUCAAGGAGAAGAAGGAGAAGAAGGAGAAGAAGGAGAAGGAGGAGAAGGAGGAGGAGAAGGAGGAGUGAUCGGCCAAAGCACGCGCAGCAUCGAGGUGGAUGCAGGUUCCUGGUUUGGUGUAUGAGGGUCGUUUGUAGUUUGCAGCAGUAUGGGGAGAUGCGGUUUGACACGCUGCUACAGCAUGCGUCACGGCGGGGGCAGGGGCAGCUGAAAGGCUGGUGGUGUAGGUCUGUCCCUACCGGGCAGCUGACACGCACCCGAGUGCGCGCACCAGUGCCAAGGUCACCUCCCGCAUUGCCACCAACACAUUCAGACAUGGCAUCCUUCGUCCAUGAGUGCCCAAGAAGCCUCGCAACUGGCUGGCCGCUGCUGUCCUAUUGGCGGCGGCUUGGCACUGGAUGGGCAUUCGAAGAGAGUCCGCACGACGCAGUCAUCUUAAACGCCCUCCGUACAGCGUCUGUUGAGCAUUUCGUUAUGUUUAGGAAUGCCUGGUGCGACUCUGAGUGCGGCGAGGCUUGCUUUUGUCAAGGGUCGUUGGCUGCACCGUUGCCAGCAGCGGGAGCCCGCUGGCUCUAAGCACAUUGUUUUCUGGCAUCUCGUAUGUAAUAUAGGCUUAAAUAUACAGCUUUGUCUGGACGAGACUGAAUCGCAGACAAUUGGAGCACACAGCGA